UUUAAUUUUCUAGGAAAAAUAUCAAUUAAAAAAUAUUGAUAAAUUGAUGGGUUAAAUUCAAACAAUUUACGUGAUAAACAUGAUAAAAUAAACCGGUUUUAAUACACGUGAACUUUAUGGAAGGAGACGAUCAAGCACUCACAUAUAUUUAUUUUAAACAACGGUAAAUUUUUAGGACACAAGUCAACUUUACGUUCAGUUUGCUGGGUAAUUUUGCGGCUCUCAGUGCGAUUUAUUUAAAAAAAAAAUAAUUUUAAAAAGUACAAUAAAAUAAUUAUCAAACGCAAUGACAAAAUCAGAAAGUGAAUCUGAAAAUUCAACUCCAAUAUCAAAACCAAAAACCAAAGUACUAUUUAAAAUAAUUAUCAUUCCAAUUUUACUAUCAAUUAUUUGUUACUAUUCACUGAUUUAUCACAAAAAAUAUUUAGAAAAUCAUGUAAAUAUAAAAUUGAACGAGAGUAAACCAGUCUACUGGUUGUUCUCAAAAUCAAAAAGUGAAAAUCACCUAAAACACGUUGUCAUUGUCCUGGACAGACUGGGUCUUCAUCGUGGAACUGAUAAAUCAGACUGGAAUAUUCUCUGGUCACAUGAGCAUCCAUUUAGUCAACUAUCAACAAAUUUUCGUGGUCUAAAAAGUCAUCAACGAGUCAAUCACAUACCAGGUUUUGGAUUCAUCACAAAUAAAGUUGAUUUAUCAAAAACAGAAAGUCCAUAUAUUCCAGCAUCAUACAAAAUUCCAGAUGACAAUGAAUUAUUAUUAAAAAUAGCCAAAGAAAAUCCAAAUAAAUUAUUUGUACAAAAAUCAAAUAAUCAUCGUAAUAUUGAAAUUAAAAAUAUAGAAAAUAUUGAUUUUAAAAAUGACAAAUCAUUUGUACAAGAAUAUAUUGAUAAACCAUAUUUAAUUGAUGGUUUUAAAUUUGAUAUUGGUGUUUAUACUGUUGUAACAUCAAUUGAUCCACUUCGUAUUUAUACAUACAAAGGUGAUGUUUUAUUUCGUUUUUGUCCACAUGAAUAUCAUCCAUUUGAUCAAAAUGACAUUGAUAAAUAUGUUGUUGGUGAUGAUUAUUUACCAAUAUGGAAUGUACCAUCAUUAAAAAAAUAUUAUGUUGAUUAUGGUUUUUCAAUGAAAGAAACAUUUGAUGCUUAUGCUAAAACAAAAGGACAAAAUCCUGAUAAAAUAUGGAAUAAUGUUUAUCAAGCAAUAACAUCAAUUGUUCUUGAUAAAGAAAAAAAAAUUGCUGAAUUUUAUAAUAAUUAUCCAAGUAAAAGAAAUUUUUUUGAAAUGGUUAGAUUUGAUUUUAUACUUGAUGAAGAUCUUAAUGUUUUUGUUAUGGAAGCAAACAUGUCACCAAAUUUAUCAUCAGCUCAUUAUCCACCAAAUCGUUUGUUGUAUGAACAAGUAUUAUUUAAUCUAUUUGCACUUAUUGGUAUUGGACAAAGAAUUGAUCCUAUCUAUAGAAAACCUCGUAACUGGAAAGAACGUGAGAUAGAAGUUGCUGAUAAAAAUAUAGCUGUUCUUCCAGAUGUUUGUUUAAAAUGUGAUGAUUGCUUUAGAGUUGAAUGUCAAAUUUGUAAACCUUGUUUUACCGAUGAAAUGAGACAAAUACUUGGACAAUGUUAUACUGAGCAUCAAAAUAAAAUGGAUUACAAAAGAAUAUUUCCACCAAAAAUUACAAAUGAUAUGGUACUUAAGGAUUAUUCAAUGAAAAAUCAAUUGUUACUACGUUGGUAUCAAGGAAAAUGUGAAGCUGAUUCAUCUUGGUGUGAUUAAAUUUAACUUUUAAAUCUUUCAAAUAAAUAUACAC